ACAGAGUGGGAUCAAAACACAAAAAGUUAGUAUUUUUUUUUCUUGAGAACGUGGUCUCAUAUGGUGGGCUAUAAAUUUGUAACAAUACAUACAUAUUUAUAUACAAUAACCAUCUCUCCUCCAUAAAUUCCCAUUUAAUCUAAACGACGACCAAAAAGAGAGAAAGAUAGGGAAAAAAAUGGUGAAGGAGAAGAAGAAGAAGAUGCCUCCAAAACGUAUCAUACUGAUGCGUCACGGUGAGUCCGCAGGGAACAUAGACGCAGGUGCAUACGCGACCACACCGGAUCACAAGAUCCCUCUGACGGAAGAAGGAAGAGCGCAGGCGCGUGAGGCCGGGAAGAAAAUGAGAGCCCUCAUAUCAACAAAAAGCGGCGGAGAGAACUGGCGCGUGUACUUCUACGUGUCCCCGUACGAGAGAACAAGGACGACUUUGAGGGAAGUAGGGAAAGGGUUCUCGAAGAAACGCGUGAUAGGAGUGAGGGAAGAGUGUCGCAUCAGAGAACAAGAUUUUGGUAAUUUUCAGGUCGAAGAGAGGAUGAGAGUUGUCAAGGAGACCAGGGAACGUUUCGGUCGUUUCUUCUAUCGUUUCCCCGAAGGCGAAUCUGCCGCCGACGUCUACGAUCGUGUUUCCAGUUUUCUGGAGUCUAUGUGGAGAGAUGUGGACAUGAACAGGCAUCAAGUGGAUCCAACAAGUGAACUAAACCUAGUGAUCGUGUCCCACGGACUGACCUCUCGGGUGUUUCUAACGAAAUGGUUCAAGUGGACGGUGGAAGAGUUCGAGCGGUUGAACAAUUUCGGGAACUGCGAGUUCAGGGUAAUGGAGUUAGGUGCGAGCGGAGAGUACACUUUCGCUAUACACCACACUGAAGAAGAGAUGUUGUCUUGGGGGAUGUCCAAAGAUAUGAUUGAUGAUCAGAUGGAUCGUGUUGAUGGUUGUCGUGCUACAUCAAACGAUCAUUGUUCGUUGCAUCUUCAUGAGUACUUUGAUUUGUUAGAUGUGACCGAUGAUGAAGAAUGAUCAUUAUUUAUAUAUAUUGUACCUAUGCAUGGAAAUUAAAUAUUUAUCUCAUUGUAUUUGUUUCUUGGUUUUGUUAAACAUCGAGUUUGUAAUCAAUUUGGUCCAA